ACACUCAUCACUGUGUUUGGAUUUGUUGUGACAUCCCGGUUUUCCCUAUACUCCACCACCUGCCUUUAAAAGGAAUGGGAUGAGAAAGCCAGAGCUCUUAGGAAGAGCAAGAACCUGGGCUUAGACAAAGCAGAAGAGGUUGUUUUUGAGCUCUUUGGGUUGGACAUCAAUACGAAGAAGAUGGUCAAGGCGGAGAUUCUUCUGUUCGUGUUGUGUGUGCUGUCAGAAGCUACGGCAUGUUUCCAACUCAUCACUCCUUCCAAGUGGGGAGCCAAGCCAGCCAACUGUUCUGCACCUUUGCAUGAUGUUCUCCCAGAAUACGUUGUCAUCAGCCAUACUGCGGGCACAACCUGCACCACUCGUGAAGAAUGCAGCCGGGAGACCAGGAAUGCCCAGGACUAUCACCAGCGCAUCAAACGAUGGUGUGACAUUGCUUACAACUUCCUGAUUGGUGAGGAUGGUUAUGUUUAUGAAGGACGUGGGUGGCGCAGCGAAGGUGCCCACACCUAUGGCUACAACGACAUCUCCCUUGGCAUUGCUUUCAUAGGGACCUUCACCGAGAAGCUUCCCAACCAAGCGGCGUGGAAAUCCCUGAAAUGUCUGCUUGACUUUUCGGUGAAGAUUGGCUACUUGUCGGAGGAAUAUCUCAUCAUGGCCCACAGCGACGUCAGCGAUAUUGUUUCACCGGGAGAGCCCAUCCGCGCCGAAAUUUCCAAGUGGCCGAAUUACAAGUACAACUAAAGGCUCCCCUUCUAGCCAGUCGUUUCCCUUUUUUGGAGACUCUAUCGUGGAAGCUUGUUCCGGGAGCUUUAGGUUGGUGAGGUCUCAGCACUCUUUGGCUGAGAUGGAUAAAUAUCUUGCAAAAUUAAAGCACCCAUCAUUCCAAAACCUUGAACCAUGGCUGUUAUAGGGGUG